ACAGCAUCAGGAACAGCAUCAGGAACAGCAUCAGGAACAGCAUCAGGAAACACAGGAGCAACAAAAUCUAGAAGCUUCCAUCGAGACGCCAUUGAACAUGGAACCCUAUGUUUCAUUCAACAGUGACAGCAAUUGYAACGACACAAGUACAAGCACCACUGCUGCGAAUCACACAGAAAAGUUGUGCCGACGAUUCGAACGAUUGGAGCCAUAUGUUGAGCAGCCGACACCUCUGAAUAGCAAUCCUCGAUACSGUAUUCGAGAAACGAGACAGGAGCACGAGUACGAGUAUGCGCACGAGUGCCCACCGAAGCUCCUGUCGAAACAAGAAAAACCCAUGYCAGUUCAUGGUCUUGCUGACACCAACAGYGACCCCAGCGACCCACCAAAYCAACGAAAAAUUAGUUUUUCUGAGCGACUCCCAGAGGUUUCCUCGGCCUGUCCRRGGGCMUUUCGGAACAUGAUUCCCCCCACGUCGUGCCUCGUCGAGGAACUACAAAAGGAUCCGUCCUAUGCACACGCCCUGGCGGCCGGCACCAUCUGGCAGUCCCUGGUGGGACAGCACGUUCGCUUUCCCAAACUGUGGUACGACGGCGCCGAGCCGGCCCGGCCCUUUCUAGGAUGCUACGAUCCCAAUCGACGCAACAAGUGGUCCUACGUGGGACGGCACCGGAUCGAGGGCGAUCCCCUGCUCAAUCGAAGGUACGUCCGUUCCAAGAAAUCAAGCGGGAAGAUCCUCUUGCACAUAGUGUGCCGGGACGUCCUGAAUCUCACCGGCGGUGUUGAUUUGGAGGACGAAGCAGCGACGGAAGAUCUGGUUGUCGGGGUCUUUCAUCCGAACGCCGAGGGGAUCCAUUCGAGACUCGGCAACCCGUCGAAUCACGGAAGCAUCGGCAUUGACUGCUGCCGAGAYGURUGGAUUGCCCACAAAUCUAGGAGGAUUGCCCACAACAAAAAACGGACGGCCACUCGCAUCGAAUCCUUGCUGCGGAAUCUCAACAAGAAUCGGGUCGAUGAGACCCCGCUGGGGGGAGAUUUYAUGCASAGCGAACCAGCACAAACAAAGCGAAUUCGAAGGACAAUCGACAAUACAAACGUGAACGUCAUCUUUGGGCGUGGGCCGCCCAAACACACCGUCUUUGUGCCGGAACACAAACUCUAUCGGAUGUUGGCACCGUUGGCCGAAACCGAAAACAAAAGAAACAACAAAAACAUACCGGCAUCGGUCSUUCUUAUGAGAACCUUUCUUCGGUAAAGAACGAAAGAGCAAAGACAGAUACGGAAAUCGAARCAGCGAACGCAGAACACCCAGAA